GACCCAGACGUCCUGUUAUCGUCGAGAGGAUAUCCUGUUCCAUGGUCAACACGUAGGCUCCCUUCACACACAAAGAUUCACUCGCCAUGGUGCAGACCGGUGUGCUUGUCGCUGCCUUGCUCGCUCUGGGUGCUGGGGGCGCCCUCAACCCCGCCUCGGCCCUACAGUUCUGUGGCGCCCCUGAUAAAGAAGUCGGAUACUCAGAAGACGAAGUGAUGUUUUCCAAUACAGAAAAAAGCAAUCUGUGGGCCGAAGGGUACGUGCAGCCGGGGAGAUAUUUUGCAGGGAUCAGCGUCAAAGUAAAUCAAGGGAAUGUUCAACACGUAGCUUGGUUCCCUGCUGCCCCUUGCUUCCCUGACACAGGAGAGAAGUGGGAUUGGGUGAAGGUGAAGGUAACAAAGGACCUACAGGGAACGCCUCCGACUCCAAAUAAUCAUUGCUACAUUCGCUUUGAUCUUGUUUCCACUUAUUGCAAAAAGAACUGUAAUCGUCAUGGUAAUGUCUCAUGUCGGUCCCUUGGAGGUCUGAGUGUUGUGGCUCGUGGGCCCUCAAACUGGAAAAGUGACCAUCCAGAAAUAAAUUGUCUUGUAAAAAUGGAGUCGAGGCCACCGCCCCCUCCUGUGUACAUCUGCAGGAACCCUCCAUUCAGGCCACCUCCAAACACUACGGAAACGACAUCAACAACCACAGCCACAGAUCUCUCCCCGUCUUCUGCGUCAUCUGCGUCCUCGUCUCCGUCGGUGGUGCUGCUGAUAGUGGUGCCGGUGGUGGCGGUGGUGAUAUUCCUGGUGAUAGUGGUGGUGGUGGUGGUGGUGGUCUGCCGCAGGCGACGAAGACGCAGAUCAGCGGCAUCACUGCCCUGCGUGCCGACGCGGCGCGGACUGGCCGCCUCCUGGCGCGUCGGCAGCGAGGUACAGGUCGACGACAACCAUGUGGACGUGGCGCCGCCCACGGGCCCCACCGUGCUCCCGCGCGUGGCGCCGCGGCAGCAGGAGCCCGACUACCUGUACUUCGGCGACGACGAGGAGCACAUCUACGACGAGUUCCCGGAGCCUCCAAUCUACGAGGAGAUCCCCGAGCCUCCAACCUACGAAAAUGUCGCCGAGCAUUCACAAUGCCACGUAGACGAAGAUUCAGACUCCGAUGACGGAAAUUACCUGACCCCGAGGCGCGCCCCUCCGGGCACGCCCUCAGGGGUCACAAAGGGGUGAGGCGAGGCUGCAUGACCCUGCUCCCGACGCACGGGGCCCCGGCUGCUGCCACACCCAGGCUAGCACACCACGCAGGGGUGAGCACUGCAGGAUGAGGGCAACCUGCAGGGGGCAGCACCGUGCCCGCCAGACAAGCAGGGGGCAGCACCGUGCCCUCCAGACAAGCAGGGGGCAGCACCGUGCCCUCCAGACAAGCAGGGGGCAGCACCGUGCCCUCCAGACAAGCAGGGGGCAGCACCGUGCCCUCCAGACAAGCAGGGGGCAGCACCGUGCCCUCCAGACAAG